GCCGAUUGGCUGCCCUUGAGUCUCUCCAAUAUGGCGGCGCCCAACUCUGCUCCAAAUUGUGAGGACUUUGCAGAAUUUCAGGAAUUGCUGAGGGUGAUGAGAACAAUUGAUGACAGAAUAGUCCAUGAGUUAAAUACUACUGUUCCAACUGCUUCAUUUGCAGAAAAAGUUGAUGCUAGCCAAACCUGUAAACACCUUCAUCAGGCGCUAAUGGAGGCUCAUGAAAGUAGAGAUAGAAUGAUUAAAACAUGUAUUGCCCAAGCAUCUAGUGUGGUGAAAGCUUUACAAGAAGAGAGGGCGAAAUCCCUGGAGGACAUAGCAUUGUUAAAAAGGCUCAGAAAAGAACAGACAAAGUUGAAAUUAAUGCAGUCGGAGUUGAAUGUUGAAGAAGUGGUAAAUGAUAGAAGCUGGAAGGUAUUUAAGGAACGCUGCAGAGCUCAUUAUAAGCCUCCAAAGAGUCAAUGAUGGGACUGAGGGGGGAGGGCUUCCCCUUGAUAGUGGACUUCAAUCAUGCAGAUAAACUGGAGAAGAAACAUGGAGCAAGCUUCAUAGGGACCUUCUGAAAAGUCACAUACAUCCAUGGAAUUCAUCCCAAUGAAUUAUUUUGCUAAUUAAUAUGAACCAACUGUUAAUUUGUACAAGAUGUAUGGGGGGGAAGGGUUUUUAUUAAAAAAAACAUUCAGAAGGAAUUUGUUAUUGC